CCGGCACAGGCCGCGGGGCCGCCCGUCAGCCGGGGCGGAACGCGCGGGCGCUGGGGGGACGCAGCCGGGCAGGUUUAUUGUUUUAGGGGCGACUCCCCCCCCGCGGUUGGGGGCGUCCCGGGGGGCUCGGGACAUGGCGAGCUCGACUAACACAAACCCCGUGCCUAAAUUGUACAGGUCCGUAAUUGAAGAUGUCAUUAAUGAUGUCAGAGAAGUUUUUCUGGAUGAAGGAGUGGAUGAACAAGUUCUCAUGGAACUCAAAACACUGUGGGAGAACAAGCUGAUGCAGUCUAAGGCCGUAGAUGGCUUCCAUUCAGAAGAGCAGCAGCUUUUAUUGCAGGUGCAACAACAGCAACAGCAGCAGCAGCAACAGCAGCAUCAUCAUCACCACCAUCACACACCUCAGCCGCAGCAGACUGUGCAGCAGCAGUCUCAGCCACAGCAAGUCCUUAUUCCAGCAUCUCAGCAAGCACCUCAACAGCAGGUUAUUGUGCCAGAUUCCAAGCUGAUACCACAUAUGAAUGCAUCAGGCAUGAGUGCUGCAGCCACUGCAGCUACGUUGGCUCUCCCUGCUGGUGUUACUCCAGUUCAGCAGAUACUUACAAAUUCAGGCCAGAUCCUCCAAGUAGUUAGAACUGCAAAUGGAGCUCAGUAUAUUAUUCAACCACAACAGCCAGUGGUUCUACAGCAGCAGGUUAUACCCCAAAUGCAGCCUGGUGGAGUACAAGCACCUGUUAUUCAGCAGGUUUUGGCUCCUCUCCCUGGAGGGCUUUCCCAGCAGACAGGAGUGAUUAUUCAGCCUCAGCAGAUCCUGUUUACAGGAAAUAAAACUCAAGUUAUACCUACAACAGUGGCUGCCCCUACACCAGCUCAAGCACAGAUUCCUGCAGCUGGUCAGCAGCAGCCACAGCAGCAACAGGCACAACCACAAGCACCACUUGUUCUCCAAGUUGAUGGAACAGGGGACACAUCAUCUGAAGAAGAGGAUGAUGAGGAAGAAGAGUAUGAUGAUGAUGAAGAGGAAGAGAAAGAAAAAGAUGGGGGUGAAGAUGGCCAAGUUGAAGAGGAGCCUCUGAACAGUGAAGAUGACGUGAGUGAUGAGGAAGGACAAGAACUCUUUGAUACAGAAAAUGUCGUUGUGUGCCAGUAUGAUAAGAUUCACAGAAGUAAAAACAAAUGGAAAUUUCAUCUCAAAGAUGGCAUCAUGAAUCUUAAUGGAAGAGAUUAUGUAUUUUCCAAAGCCAUUGGGGACGCAGAAUGGUGAAGUUUUAAAAGACAAAACAAAAGAACUCCCUGUAAAAGGAAAAAAACAAAACAAAAGCAGGAAAAGUUGAGACUUGGAUAUAUACUCCAAUCAAAAUGUGUAUCUGCACAUCAGAAAUAAACAAAAGUAUUGGAACAAAGGUAAAAUGUGGCAACAAAGACACUACUUCAGAUGAGCAAGCCAUGGACUGUAGCAGCUAUAGCAUUGUCUGGGAGCUGGUUUUGUGUGUUUAGGAAUACCUUAAUUAUCAAUUCUACAUACAGGUACCUACAGCUGGUAUUUAGCAUGUAAGGCUUUGUCCCCCCUGCCCUUGAUUUAAGAUUUUAAAAUACUUCUUCCACUGAUUGAAGGAACUAUUCCCUUUAAUAGAUUAUUAAUCUGAAAAUGCUUAUUGUGUGUACAAAUCUUUGCUUUGAACACUUCCUUUUGGUAGUGAGGAUGGUCAGAAUCUUACUUAAACUGCGUGCAAGCUUUGUACAGAAGGGUAAGAAUUAAGGUGUUAAAUUUUAAAUAACUUGUAUAAGGAAAAUAUUUUUAAUUCUGAUAUGCUCUUUAAUUAUUAUAUCUAUUUGUUGUUUUCAAUGCCAUUCCCCAUAAACAGGUUGUUGUUCUUAGCAGUUACAAAAUGGUAAAAUGAUUUAUGUUUCAAAAUUACUUUAAUUUCAUGUGUUAAGUUUUAUCUAGGGCUGCAUUUUUCAAAUUUGAAGCACCUCAUCCCCCACAAAAGUCUGAUUGUUUAACUUGUUAAUUAUAUUCUUGCUGUUUUGUGGUGGUUCAGCAUCACUGAAUUAAAAAAGUUUCCCUUGAUUUUUUAACAAAAACAUUUUUUAAAUGGUUUGGAGACCUUUUGAAUCCAAUAUCUAGGUAAUGCCAUAAUAGAUGCAUUCCUUUACCUGCUUACUAUGUUUGUAGUCCAGACACCCACACAUAAUUCAACAGACCCACAGGAAAGACUAAAUUUUUAAUACAGAAAAUCACAUAAAAAUUCUAACAUCAUGGCUGCAACUCUUAAUCAAAGAUCUGCUUUACUAAAAAGUACAGCCAGAAAUUACCUGCAGCAGUUAAUCUCUCUAAAGUUUCCAGAUGGCAUAUAAUUUCAUGAAGAGAGCUGCACAGCUUUUAAGAACACAAAUUUUGUUAGAGUAUCUUUAGACUGUCUUGGUUACAGCAAAUUGAGCAGUCAGAUGCACUAAACCUUGUGUAGUCACUUUUUCACUUGCCUUUUUUAUUGUUUGUUUGUUUGGGGUUUUUUUGUGUUCAGUUUGUGAAAAGCAACAAAGUUAUUCCCCCCUCCUUCCCUCUCUCUUCUCAGAAGUUGAAGAGCUUUUCUUCCUGCAUAGGGCCAUGGUUGCAAACCGUGCUUUUGGAAAUGCAGUUACUUCUGAAUGAGGAGAGGGAAUGGGCAUUAUACUUCAGAAACUGUUGAGGAAGGAAUGUUCAUGUGGCUCACCAUUUCAAAAAAAUUUUGCAUUUUGUUUGGUGCUUGAAAAGUUGAUGAAAAAAGGACACAACAAAGAUAAUUUUUACUGAAUUAGCUAAGACCAUGAGAAGCAGACAUGAUUUCUGACUUUAUUUUUGGCUUGAGAAUGAGAUAUUGUAAACAUUAUUUAACGAAGUCACAAGUGUAUUUCAGCAGGAUGAAACAACUGCUUUAAUUUUUAUUCUCUGAUUCAUUUGCCUCCAAGUGCAUUUGUAGUCUCAGUAGUAUGUAGAAAAAUCACAACAAAUUGUAAAGAAGAUUUUAUUGCUGUGAUUUUGUACACCUGCUCUCUCAUUGAUAAUGACUGAAACUGCCUGUGGGCUCUGUCUACAGCCAUAUGGUUGUUUGAAAGCCAUCUACAUUCAUAAGCUUUAUGAAAAGUUAAUUGAGUAUUCUUCUAAUUGAUUCUUAAGUAAUGGAAUCAUCAUUUAGACUGCAUUUUUACUUGGGGGCUUUCAAGGUAUCUCAAACUGAUUGAUGUUUGCUUUCUUCUGAACAACGCAGAUAUUUUAUUUUUUUACCGCUGUUGACACUUCUAUGUACAACUGCAAGGAAAUCAAUAAUAUACCAACUAAUUCCUUUCCUCACCUUUUCCAUGUCUGUUACCAAUAAGUCUUAAGUAGUAGACUUCAGAAAAAUUCCCAUAAUGCUGCACAACCAAACCAAUAAAAGGAUAAAAACAU